UGCACGCCUCGUGAAUAGUGAUCGUUAUUUCAACACUCUGUACAUUGUGAAAUGGUGGUGUCUUGCGAAAUUAUAAAAUAAAAAAAUGAUUUUCAAAUUCUGUUUAGUUUUGAUAGUGAUGUGCGAAUUGAGUUAUGUGGAGAGUUUGAAGGCGGGCGAUGUGGGCGUUUGUGUUGUAAAAAGCAGCGAACGAAAGAGCCGAAUAAAAACUUACAAUGUAGCAAUUAACAAAAUGUGUGGCAAAAGAAAAUGUGUGGUCAGGCGGACGAAGAAAGAGAAUUACAUAGUAUCCCGGAAAAACAACGUGUGCUGUAAAGGCUGGGAGUACAACGGGAACUCUUGCACUCCCUUAUGUAGCACCGGGUGCGUCGGUGGCCGCUGCACCGGCCCAGAAGUGUGUCAGUGUGACCCCCCGCUGACCCACCAUCCCGACCACAAGAACACAUGCGUCAUGCCCGAAUGUGACCCACCCUGCGUCAACGCCGACUGCCGCAGCGGUACCUGCCAGUGUCACGAAAACUUUACACCCUUUAACUCAACUCACUGCCACGAUUGCGAUCGAGGUUACGCUGCAACUGAGCACUUGGAGUGCGUUCCGACUUGUGAGAAGUGCCAAAACGGAUCAUGCACGGCACCAAACGUAUGCACAUGCGAAGCUGGCUACGAAUUAGUUGAUGCCACAUGCGAACCAGUAUGUGCAUGCGCCAACGCUAAAUGUAUAGCGCCAAACACAUGCGAAUGUUUGGAAGGCUUCGUGAAAUACGGCAACGAUUGCGUCCCAUGUGUAAAUGGAAGAAUAAGUGGUAAUGAAUGUGUAUGCAAUGAGGGUUUUACGAGAAAUGGAAGCAUAUGCCAGCCAGUGUGCUCCACAGAAUGCUUAAACGGUUACUGCUCAGCGCCAAACACUUGCUCCUGUAACGACGGGCUUGUUAUGAAUGAGACCAGUAAGAGAUGCAUGACACCGUGCCCAAGUAACUGCAAAAAGUGUGACGAAAAUGGCACGUGUAUAUCGGGCUGCGUUCCGGACGAGUGA